GUUCGACUACGACGCUGGUUGGGACUUGAGCACUACACGGCGUCACCUUAUUUUUGUUUUGUUUUUUUUCCAGUGGAUCGCAAUCCGAGUUUUUCUUUUUGCGUGUAAACACAGUCGACAUUUUUUGCCAUUCAAAACUUUUAAGAUAUUCAAGUGCGGUCAUUAACGUUUGAUUUGCGGAUCCCGCCCUUCCGAACGUCACUCAGUACGCAAUUAGAAAUGGAUGGAAGAGAAAUGAUUGUUUGGAUCCUGCUGCUCCAACUGUCCGUCCUGAUGGUGCAGGCGUUUGACAACAGGCCAGUCGAUCAUCAGCGCAAGAUCCUCGUGCGGAUGGUGUGGCCAAGAGGUCACGUGACGUCCCAGCCGGACGAUGACACCACCCCGCAGCCCGUCGUUAUUCCGGCCGCUACGUUCAGCCGCCAAAUGAUCAUCCGCUUCCCAUCGUCAGGCUCCAUCCAUCCGGAUGAUAGGAAACCGUCGAUCGUUUCAUCUGCGGGAUACGAUCCGUUCGCCACUGAGGAAUCAGCUGAUUACUCGCUGGACAGCUACGUCAGCCUGUCGCUAACCAGCGGCGGAAGCGAUGCGGAAGGCGCCGACCAGAAUUUGCGCAAAUCCAAUUUGAGGAACGAGAAAUCGUUUGAAGGAGGUAAACUGGAUUUCCUGCAGCAAUUGCUGCGCUUCGCUCCAUCCGCCGAAGGCGAUGAGGAUUCAGACAAGUGCAAUCAUCCGCUGCACAGCUGGAUGUGCAAAAGCAAGGCCGUCCCGACGACAACCAACGGGCCGCCAGUGACGACAACUGCAGCUCGACAGCAGCCGGAAUUCUUCCCUGCAUCCGCUUUUGAAAAUGUGCAAAUCCUAAUUCCAGACUUGAACCCGACUGUCGUUCCGCCGCUUCCGGCUCCCCCUCUCCUUCCCGUCCAAGGACGCGCUGAUGAAGCCCAGGAUGCGUGGGCCGGAAUGGACCCUUGCAAUCAUCCGUUUCACAGCUGGAUGUGCGCCAAACAGCGGCCGAAGAUCGUCCGACCUCCAGCGGAAUUCAAACAAACCGCAGCUUCGAUUCUAGAUCAAAAUCUUUUGCUUCCGCCGCUGGAAUCGACCACUUCCGUGCCUAUAACAACAACUCCAGCGCUUCCGGCCACGACCAAACGUUCCGGAUGGGACGGAGUCGACCCGUGCACGCACCCGUUCCACAGUUGGUUGUGCGACAAACGUCAGCCGGCCGCCAGGACGACUUCCGCUCGUCCACUUCCGCCCACUACAACAACAUCGCAGCCUUUCAUUCCGGAUGCGUCUUUCUUUAUUCCCGAUAUCAAUCCGCCGGCUGCUCCUCCAACUACUACUACUCCUCCUCCUCCUCCACCGACGACUCUUCUUCCACUCCUCAUCCGCACAUUAGCUCCCAAGAAAGGUUGGGACGAGGCGGAUUCGUGUUCGCAUCCAUUUCACAGUUGGUUGUGCGCGAAACCCAAAAUAAGGACGACGACUCCGCAGUUCCAAACAGUUCCGCCCACCACAACUGUCGCUCCUCUUCCUCCGUCGGAAGAGGCCGUCCUUUUCGAACCGGCUCCUUCGAUGGAAGAGGCCAAUCAGCUCGUUGCGGAAGCUUCUCCUCCUCCGCCGACCACUAGCACAACCAUUAAACCGAUUAAAUCGUCCGGAUGGGACAAAGCGGAUUCGUGUUCACAUCCGUUCCACAGUUGGCUGUGCGCUAAGCCGCAGGUGAAAACCAGGACGACCCGUCCACCCACCACAACUCCUCCUCCCCUUCCGGCGGAUGGUCAACAACCGGAUGCUUCGAAUUCCGAAUCGCUGGAUGCCCUUCCGUUGCCACCGCCGCAAAUCCUGACCACGCAGAAACCGGACGUCAGAGUGGCUCCAACCGAAGCUUCCGGCUGGGCGGAUGGUGCCGAUCCAUGCACUCAUCCGUUCCACAGCUGGCUGUGCAAGCGGGCGCCAUCUGUCAGGCAGAAUCUGAGAAUCGGACGCCAAUCGGACAGGGCCGUCAAGACGGAAAGCGAAGCGCUGGACGAGGAAAACAUGGAAUCGUCGCGUUGGAACACAUUCGAAUCGCUGCGUCUUCCGCCAUCUAUCGGCCAUCCGAAAUAGCUCUGGCCAUCCAGCAAGAACGAACUUCGUGCGUGCCAUCCGACUCUUACCUGAUUCUUACGAGCCCCGCGUACUUUUUAUUUUAGACUGCGUACCUUCGCAAUAUUUUUAGCCCGUGCAAAAUCCAUCCCCCUCCCCACUAUAAAAUCUUAAUUUGUAGUAAGCAAAGUCAAGUCCUCAUUGUAGAUUUGUAGAGAUUUCUUUUGUUGUGUGUGUAUCAGCGCAGCGGAAAUCGAUGAACUUCAAAUGUCCAAAUCAAGGGCCCGAGUUCGAACGUGAACUUGGGGGAAUCCAGAUGCAAGCAGGUAUUGUAUCGUCAGGCAACUGUGAAAUUCAUUUCAAGUAGCCCGCUUUCAUUGAAACAAACUCAUUUUUUGAUGUAUACGGAAAUUUAAAAAAAUAAUCGGUUAACGGCAAGAAAAAAAAAAUCAAAAGAAUUAAAAACUAAAUUAGAAAUUGAGUAUCUCAUGGUAGCAGCUUAAAAAAACAAACAAAAGAAUUCAGUAGAUUUAUAUUUAGAUUUUCUUAUCUCACGAUUUUACCUUCAUCGGUGCCAUCUGGAUGGAGAGCGAGGCUGGACCUUGUAAAAAAAACAAAAUCUCUUUAAUUACAUCGAACGUGUAAACGACACAUGGUAGGUAUCCAUAACGUUCCAGGACGCGCAAAAACAUUAAAAACUCUCAUUGACGUUUGAUUUCUUCAUGGCUAAAAUAGAAUCGAAAAUUCAUCUUUCCAAUUAUUUGAAACUUGUGUGUCAAACGAAUUAGAUAUAUCCACUCCCGCCCCACCCUCAUUGAAAAAAAAAAAAUGUACAUCUCCUACGAAACAAAAAAACAUACUUAUAAAUUCUUACGAUCAUUUUUGUUUUGUAAAUAAACGCGGCGUUCCAUUCGGCA